AUGGCGGCGGGCUCUGAUCUGCUAGAUGAGGUUUUCUUUAACACAGAGGUGGACGAGAAAGUAGUUAGCGAUCUUGUGGGAUCCCUUGAGUCCGAGCUCACUGGCUCGGGUCAUGGGAACUCCGAUGUAAGGGUACAGGCGAUAACGAACCAUAUUGCCAACCCCGGGGUAGGAGGUAAUUCCAAUGUCCAGGAAAGCAAAAUGGGACUUGCACAAGAGCUUGCUAAAGCAGGGGCUGGAGUGCAAGGGGGUGUUAUUAAUAAUACGAGAUCCCAGGGUUCAGCUAUGGAUGCAGCAACAGGAAUCACAUCAGCGGCUGGGUCAGAGACACCAGUGGGGCUUAGCCAAGGCAAGACAGUUGCUGUCAGUGCCAUGGUAACCGAUGUGCCCAAUCAUGGAGUGGGCAACGGAAAAAUCGGGACAUCUGGGGCACAAACUUUGAAUGGCAGUAAUGUAGUAAUAAACUCUCACAAUUCAGGAAGUGUCGCCGCUUUCACCGGGACGCCAGUGUCAAGUACAUCGAGUGGUAGCAGCAGCAGCAUUAACACUGUGUCUGCUUCCACAGUUGUCAACAACGGACCUGGAUCAGUUGUUAAAGAAACUGUAAGCGCAGUUUUGCCUCCAACCUCAAGUACUGUCAUCCAGACCUCUUUAGUGAAUGCACAGAACAUUGUUACUUCGACAGUAAUCUCCUCUCAGGCAACAAGUCUGAGCAGUGGACCUACCGUUACACUUGUGAGGCCGCCUAUGCAAACGUCGGGACCCGGUACGACGCCAAAUGGGAGUAAUAAUACCAUCAAUGUAGCGAAUCUGACAACUACUGUUGCUUCGGGGAUACCUUUACAGACUCCACUUUUAAAUAGCAGCCAGUCCCCCGCCAGUGUGAGUGGGGGAUUGCCUGUCAUCAAGUCAGAGUUGCCUAAAACUAUCAUACAAACCACACCUCAGACUGUGGCAGCAGGUGUCGUUGCAAAUGCAGGUAACGUGAAUCUUGGCCAGCCCAUGCAAAGCGCUCUGCAACCCGUGACCAGUGGGUCGACAGCAGGAGCAAUUGGGAAAAGCCCCGUUUUGCAGAAUGUAACUAGGACCUCCACUUCAGCAACGGUUGCUGCAACACCUGGCGGGAUACGAGCCAUUACGCCACAGGUGUUGGCACCAAGACUCCCCCAUACUCCCCAGAAUCAGCCAAACAUCCAGAAUAUUCAGCUUCCUCCAGGUGUGGUUCUGGUGCGCAGUGACAGCGGCCAGCUGCUCAUGAUCCACCAGCAGACUUUGGCUCAGAUGCAGGCGCAGUCACAGUCCCAGAGUGCCAUGGCCCCACGACCUACCACCCCCACCAGCAGUCCGCCGAUCCAGCUCUCCUCAGUCCAGGCUCCUGGCACCCCCAUCCUCACUCGGCAGGUCACACCCACAACCAUCAUCAAGCAGGCCACGCCCACCCAGGGCACUGUGCAGGCCACCACCACUCUGCAGAGACCUCCUGUCCUGCAGAAUCCCAUCAUGCUCAGCGGAUCGGCUAUGCCUACCUCUGUCGGGACAACCUCUCCGGUGCAGCCAGGUGUGGCACAGAGGACGGUGACAGGGACCCCCACAGUCACGGCGACGGAAACCUUGGAAAAUGUGAAGAAGUGUAAGAAUUUCCUCUCCACGCUGAUCAAACUGGCAUCCAGUGGAAAGCAGUCUACAGAGACUGCAGCCAACGUGAAAGAAUUGGUGAAAAACCUCUUGGAAGGAAAGCUGGAAGCCGAAGAUUUCACCAGCAGAUUAUACCAGGAGCUCAACUCCUCACCUCAGCCAUAUCUCGUGCCUUUCCUUAAGAGAAGUCUCCCGGCCUUGCGGCAGCUGACCCCAGACUCGGCGGCCUUCAUCCAGCAGAGCCAGUUCCAGCAGCCUGGUGGCCAGCCCACCACCACUGCGCUAACUGCUGUGGUCCUGGGAAGCCCCGUGCAGCGCACCCCUGGCAAGACCACCGCAACCGUCACCAGCACCCUGCACCAGCCCGUCAUCAGCCUGGCUCAGCCAGCACAAGGCAAGCCCGGCCAGCCGGCUUCACUGAUCCUCCAGCAGUCCCAGCAGCAGGCGUCGAUUGUACGGCCGCCCCAGGUGGCCCUGACGCAGACCCCCAUGGUCACACUCCGCCAGCCUCAAAGUCGCCUCGUGCUGAGCCAGCCACAGGUGGUGAAGCAGCUCCAGACAGUUCCUAUGGUGAAGCAAGGCGUCUUACCGGGAGCCAGAGUGUCCCCUGUUUGUCAGUCUGUGGCUUCUGCAGCUCAGAAGAACAAGCUGAAAGAGGCAGGCGGAGGUUCCUUCAGGGAUGACGAUGACAUCAACGACGUGGCCUCCAUGGCUGGGGUCAACCUGUCCGAGGAGAGUGCCCGCAUCCUUGCCACGAACUCGGAGCUGGUGGGCGCGGUGACCCGGUCCUGUAAGGACGAGGCCUUUCUCUACACACCCUCGUUGCACAGGAGGGUGCUUGACAUUGGAAAGAAGUAUGGGAUCACAGAGCUGGGCCCGGAGGUGGUCAACUUUGUCUCCCAUGCCACACAGCAGCGACUGCAGAAUCUCUUAGAGAAGGUGUCAGAGAUCGCCCAACAGAAGAAUGCCUCCUUCAAGGAGGAUGACCGGCACGAGCAGGUCAGUGACGUGCGUGCCCAGCUCAAGUUCUUCGAGCAGCUGGACCAGAUGGAGAAGCAGAGGAAGGAAGAGCAGGAGAGGGAGAUUCUGAUGAAGGCAGCAAAGUCGCGUUCACGGCAGGAAGACCCUGAGCAGCUGCGACUGAAACAAAAGGCCAAAGAGAUGCAGCAGCAGGAGCUGGCCCAGAUGAGGCAGCGGGACGCCAACCUGACGGCGCUCGCGGCCAUUGGACCCAGGAAGAAGCGGAAACUGGACUCCCCUGGCAGCGCGGGCGGAGCAGAGGGCUCGGGGUCCAGCCCAUCCCUUGCGGGCGGCCCCUCCGUGGGAGCGUCCAGACAUUUCACCCGUCAGCGCAUCACGCGUGUCAACCUCAGGGACCUGCUGUUCUGCCUGGAGAACGAGCGGGAAACCAGCCACUCGCACCUGCUCUACCGCGCCUUCCUCAAAUAGCGCUGCCCAAUGGCUGCUAAGACCUCCGACUGUAAGGCUUACUCCUGGCAGAAGACAUGAGUUUAGCAUUCACGGGACUGUUUUAUUGUCAUUGUUUUGAUUUUUUUAUUUGGAUUUUAAU